AUGACAGGAAUCCCUGAAUACAUAAGCAUCCCCAGCAUUGCUUUUUCAAUGGAAGAUCAAGAAGAGACAAGCCUGGCUUCAGUGGCAGUGCCAAUGCUCCCUUUGGAACGUUGGAUGUCAGAAGGUCUUCCCAGUGGAAGCACAAGAUCCUCUAGCUCUCGAUGCUCUGCGCCACCUGCACUUCCCAGACGACCAUCUGCAGUAGAGGAGGCAACGUCAAGAGAGAGUAAACGUAAAAGCAAGAGCACAAGUGCAGCCACAAGAAAGCCAAAGACCAAGAGAGCUACCGAUACUAGUAAAAUCAGCGCCGCACCAAGACUCCCACAAAGAACCAAUGAUUCACAGAGAAAUCACAAUGCGGUGGUGGGCGUUGCUCCUCAAAGAGAACGCUAA